UUAGAACUUGGAUUAAGAUAAGAAUCGGAAAGUUCUCAGCUCAAUGCUGGAUCGGCAAGAGGAGGAUCUUGGUUUCUUGGCAUUAAUUUGAGUUUUCUUCAGUUGAAUUCUGUUAAUCUCAGUGAUAUUUCUGGUGACUUGUCAUCAAUCUGGUCUCUGGUCUAGUAAACAUGAGGUCAGAUACGGUUCUUGACUAUGCAAUAUUCGAAUUGUCGCCAAAGCAUUCAAGAUGUGAACUGUUUGUAUCAAGCAAUGAGCAGACAGAGAAGCUAGCUUCGGGGUUGAUCCAACCCUUUGUGAAUCAUUUAAAAGUUCUUGAAGCACAAUAUUCGCCCGUUGCUCAAUCCUCUAUUAGAUUGGAGGUGGAGAAAAGCAACACUUGGUUUAAUAAAAGAACAUUAGAGAGAUUUGUUCAAUUUGUUAAUAGUCCAGAAACUCUGGAAAAGGUCAAUACAUAUUAUUCCGAGAUGUUGCAGUUGGAAGCAGCUCGGACAUUAUAUUCGCAGCGGAGCGAAGACUCAAAGUUUGGUUCAUCAGAUGAUGGAGCUGCAGCAGAUGCCACAAAGAAGGAGCUCUUAAGGGCUAUAGACUUAAGACUUGAAGCUAUUAUAAAGGACUUAACAACGUCCAUUUCUCAUGCAUCAGCUAGCGGUUUCGACCCUCAUACUGUUUCUGAACUCCAACAAUUUGCUGAUAGAUUUGGUGCAUAUCAUUUGGAUGAAGCAUGCAGUAAAUAUAUCUCACUAUGGAAGAAAAGGCCAGACUUGAUCGACAUGAAGUUCUCGAAUCACUUGGCUGGUGUUGACAAUGUCAGCCUCCAAAAAGAUAGCACGCGCCAGAAGCAAAAUGUGGUAAACGAAUCAGAACAUCAAAUUCAACAGUGUGCUACUACAAGUACCACCAAAAGGAAUGAAGAGGAAAAAAGUGACGAGAGUUUGGAUGUAACCUCUUCUACAGUUAAGACCAGCCAACACACAAGACGACUCAGUGUGCAGGAUAGAAUUAACCUCUUUGAAAACAAACAGAAGGAAAACUCACCCUCUGGGGGAAGCAAACCUGUAGCUGUUACUAAAUCCACAGAGCUGAGGAGACUCUCCUCGGAUGUUUCUUCCUCUGAGAAACCUAUCCUGAGAAGAAGCAGUAUUGUGAGUGACAUGAGCACUGAUUUGGCAUCGGAAAAGAAGUUGGAGAGUUUCCCAGGGGAUCCCUCUUCGUCUGUUCCUCAUACCACAACUCUAACCGAUUUCAGUGAAGGCAUUAAAAAGGAAGAUGAAGUCAAAUAUGAGCUGAAGAUUGACUCCGAAAAAGUUGGUGAUGAAGUAGCUUCUCGAGACAGAGUCGAGAGUUCCAAAACUGUCACUGAAAAGAGUUUUGUUUCAGGAGUUGAAGCAAUUUCUGAUGCUCAGUCCAGACCAGUCAUUGAUUUGAAUGACUCUUCUGCUUCACAAAACCAGACUGAUAGUCAUGUCGAUAGGCUACGGAAUGUCAUGAGUGAUGCUAAAUCCAGACAGAGAGAGGAAGGUUAUGAACUCAAAGCCAACAAUGUAUCACAAUCAUCAGCCAUGUUUCCUUCUCGACAUACACGAUCUCGGUCAGCCCAUAUAGAAGCUAGUUUUAAGGAGGAUUUGGCUUCUCAACCGCAGUCUAGAUAUUCUUUUGGCAGGAUCAAGAAGAAAGAAGUGGUUCCAUCAGACGAACAACCAGUGUUAUCUCAGAAACCACAUUUUAAUGUGAAGGAUCGUCCUGACGAUGGGGAGGGCAGGCAGGUUAGAGUUAACAGUAAUAGGUUUCCCACUGUAUCGGUGGAUCAAAUACAGAGGACAAGACUGUUAAAGGAAAAUCCGGGGGCUAAUGAUGAGUUGAAAAUGAAGGCAAAUGAGCUUGAAAAACUUUUUGCUGAGCAUAAACUUCGGGUUCCAGGAGAUCAAUCAAGUUCUUCCAGACGUGGUAAGCCGAGUGAAACCCAAGUUGCACACCCAGAGCCAUCUCUUUCUAUAGCGGCUGCAGAAAAAAGGCUUUCUCUUGGUGGCGGUUCUGCUGAUCUCUCAAAGCUUAUGACUCCCUUAGUUGGUGACAAAGACAAAGAGGAUGCACUGCGACGGAAUUUAUCGGACCUUAGUCUUACAGAUGAUUCUAAAGGAAAGUUUUACGAGACGUAUAUGAAGAAAAGGGAUGCCAAACUGAGAGAAGAAUGGAGUUUGAAAAAAGGUGAGAAGGAAACAAAACUGAAGUCGAUGCAAGAGGCUCUUGAGCAAAGUAGGACCGAGAUGAAAGCUAAGCUCUCUGCUUCUUCUUCUGAGAGAAAAGAUUUGCUUUCAAGUACUCGUCAGCGUGCAGAGAAAUUCAGGUCUUUUAACUCUCGGUCAAGUAUGAAAAAGUACCAGCAUCCUAUAAACUCAUUCCAGAGCGAAGAAGAUGAAGAUUGCUCUGAACAGAAACCUCGGGCAAAAGAUAAAGCAGCCAGUGGGCAACAACAAUCAGUUGGCAACAUUGCUUCUCGGAGCUCCCAAGCUAGAAAGCUUCAGCCCAACAGGAACAUGCCUUCUUCUAUCACCCCGCGAACUGCAGCAUCGGUUCCAAAACCAUCAGGUAAAGUUUCAAACACCUCUUCUGGGAGGCGAAGAUCAGACAAGUCGCUCGCACAAUCUGUUCCAAAUUUUUCUGAACUUAUAAAGGAAAACACGAAACCAUCUUCUUUAGCUGUCAAAACUACUAUGCGAUCACAGGUGAGAAGUAGUGGUCGCACCAAGAAUACCAAGGAAGAUACACUUCUCCAAAGACCUCGAUCAUUAAGGAAAAGCUCCUCUGGGAACAUAGAUUUUACGGAACUGUCCACUCUCUGCUCUGAUGAUAUGAUGGCCUCUCUAAGAGUGGACUCUGAUAUAUCUGAGAAUCUGAGAAAUGAAGAAUAUGAUGAACCUGAAGCUGAUGCAGAAGAAGUCUUGGAGAAUGCUGUUAGAGAAGACGAAGAAGAAGAAGUGGAAGAACUGGAAACAUUGGUGUUUGAGGAUGGGAAUCCAACACUAAGCGAGGCAUACGAGAAAGUUGAUCAUUCAGGAGAAGAGAAUUGUAGUUUUUUACCCGCUACUGUGCCUACGACAUUGCUUGCCUCGUUAAUGGACUCACCUGGGGAAAGUCCUCUUUCUUGGAACGCAAACCUGCAACACUCAUUCAGCUAUCCUCAUGAGAACUCGUCUGAUGUUGAUGCUUCUGUGGAUUCUCCCAUGGGAAGCCCUGCUUCUUGGAGUUCUCGGAUGAGAAAGAAAUGGGGAACGGCUCAGAGUCCUGUUACCGUUGCUGCUGCUAAUAAUACGUCUCAGUUCCAGUCAAAGAAGGAUUUAAGUAAAGGGUUUAAACGGUUGCUAAAGUUUGGAAGAAAAAGCCGCGGAGCAGAAAGCUUGAUGAUGGAUUGGGUAUCUGUAACGACUUCGGAAGGAGAUGAUGAGGUUGAAGAUAGGAGAGACUUUGCGGAUCGAUCAUCAGAGGAUUUAAGAAAGUCGAGAAUGGGAUCUCUACAAAGUCAUCUCUCUGAGGAUGGAUUUAAUGAGAGCGAAUUCCCUGAACAAGCUUCUAACAUCUCUACACCUGAGCUGAAAGAUGAUCAUCAAAUGUCUGGAAGCAACUUCAAAGCGCAAAAGUCGUUCUUCUCGCUCUCCACAUUCCGUGGCAAAGGAAAUGAUUCGAAGCCUAGAUAAAAAAAGGCGGCGAAACUUGGAUGAGGAUUGAGUUGCGUGGGUAAAGAGAGAAAAGAGACAGAUUCUUUUUAUGUUUCCAAAAUCUGUACAAGAUUUCUGGUACCAUAUCGCAGACUUCAAAGAUGGGUCUUUUUUUCCGAUGAACUGGUUGGUAACUUCUUCUAUGUUGUGUGUACAUUUUGUUAAGUGAACACGAUUUUUGUAACUACAUUGUAAUUUUGCCAAUUUUGAAAAUCGUAU